UUUUGGGAUGUUUGAAUGAACCAGUCUGUGGUGAACUCGUGCCCGCGGCACACCAACUUCUUGCGUGGACGCAGAUUCAAGACAAAAAAUUAAUAAAAAUCGAAGAAAUGGAUGGGAAUAAUGAUGUGUGGAAAGGUGUUGGAAUAGCUGUGGCAGUGAUUGUUUCAGUGAUCCUCCUUCUUUUACUUCUCAGGAAGUACCUGCAAGGGCGGAAGUUCACAAAGAACGAUGUACGAAUGGAUGGGAAAGUUGUGAUUGUAACAGGUGCAAAUGUGGGGAUUGGCAAAGAAACAGCCCUGGAUUUGGCCAAGAGAGGCGCCAAAGUCUACUUGGCAUGCCGAAAUCCUCAGAGGGCUGAAUCUGCACGACAAGAAAUUGUUGAGAAGUCCAACAAUGUGAAUGUCUUCACGUUGGAACUCGACUUGGCUUCCAUGGAAUCCAUCAGGAACUUUGUGGAUAAAUUCAAAGUACAGGAGCAUCAUUUGGAUGUCCUUGUGAACAAUGCUGGCUUCUAUGGACCACUUGAGAGGACAAAAGAUGGUUUUGAAAUGCAAAUUGGAGUGAAUCACCUUGGGCACUUCCUCCUGACUAAUCUCCUCUUGGACAUACUCAAAAAUUCCGCUCCUAGUCGAAUUGUUGUGGUUUCCAGUGAUCUGUAUGCCCUUGGACGGAUUAAGAAGUACGAUCUAAACAGUGAGAAGUCCUACAAUAAAUACGCAGCUUAUUGUCAGAGUAAAUUGGCCAAUAUGCUCUUCACGAGGGUGCUAGCACGACGACUCAAGGGUAGUGGAGUAACAGUCAAUUGCCUCCAUCCGGGUAUUGUGAAGAGCUCACUGAGACGCAAUGAUCGUGUUCUUGCCUGCAUCAUGCAACCCUUUGCCCUCUUCUACCGUAGCCCUCAAAUGGGGGCACAGACAUCAAUUAUGCUAGCUGUAGACCCAGAUUUGGAGAAAGUCUCAGGAAAAUACUUCAGUGAUUGUCGGGAGGCAACACCCUACAGAAUUGGUAGAGAUGAUGAAAUGGCCGAAUGGCUUUGGACAGAAAGUGUCCGAUUAGUUGGCAUCCAAGAAGCACCAUAAGGUGAGAAAUUCAACAGAGAAUUAAAAAUCUCCACAACGUGCAAGUCAUCGCAUUAAGCAUCUCUCACUCUAACAAUAAUUUUUGGGAGUCAUUAGCAGUGAUUUAGAAGAACAUUCCCCGCACAACACGCAGAAAAUUCAACCAAAACUCAUUCUCCCGUGGUCUUCAAGGUCGUACUUAUGAAUUUCUGUGACGCUCACCUUUUUUUUUGCCCCACAUCUCUCAUUUUUUUAUGAUUGAUUUAUUAACAUUAAAUAGCACUGCGUAUUUUAGCAAUGGGCCACUUCAAGUGUUAUGGAGAAUUAUAGCGUUUCUAUGGUUCUUAGAAAAUCAAUACAAAACCCUCAUUGAAAGACAAAUAAAAAACCUCCCAGUUUAUUCAAACAAAUAUUUCUCAGUUAAAAUAAUUUUCUUCUUUCUUCUUCUUGAAUUUCAUUCCAAAGUGGGUACUUGAGGAGCAGAAAGGAAUUUAACUUAUUAAAUAAUAAAUUAAUAUUCACCCCACACACACACUAAUUUUAUUGAUUCUGUGAGCAAUAGUUAAAAUAUUAUCUACUGAAAAUAUAAAUUCACUGAAAAAUUAAAAAUAAAAAUUCUCCAUUCAAA